CGUAAACGUAGACAUGCGCAGUUGUCACUGCCAUCAGCUUUGUUGGGUUGCUAUCUGCUACUGCUAACUAGCAAGCAUUUCCUGCCAGUGACUGGACACCGAUAUGGACAUCGACGUGCUGUUGGAAGCGUUUCAAGAUUUUGAGAAGAAAGGGAAGAAAGAGACCUGUCCUGUACUAGAGCAAUUCCUGUGCCAUGUUGCCAAGACAGGGCAGCCACUGAUCCCGUGGUCCCAGUUCAAAACUUACUUCAUGUUUAAGUUGGAAAAAGUCAUGGAUGAUUUCCACGCUUCAACACCAGAACAGAGAGGACCACAUAAUCCCAAUGUAGAGUAUGUUCCCUUUGAAGAGAUGAAGACGAGGAUCUUAAAAAUAGUGGAUGGUUACAAUGGAAUCCCCUUUACCAUCCAGCGUCUAUGUGAACUGCUCGUGGACCCCAAGCGUAACUACACAGGGACAGACAAGUUUCUCAGGGGUUUGGAGAAGAAUGUAAUGGUGGUCAGCUGCGUGUAUCCCACAUCAGAGAAAAAUGGGGCAUCCAGUGUAAACAGAAUGAAUGGAGUGAUGUUUCCUGGUAACUCCUCUCUAUAUUCAGACAGUCGAAAUGUAAAUGGACCAGGCACGCCAAAACCACUCACCAGACCAAAGUUGUCAUUGGCAACUUCGCUUUCCACCAACGGGCUCCCUGACUGUCCAGGCAGUAAAGAGCCAGAGCCAACCACAGAGGAGGUUGAGGAGCACCAUAUCAGUGAUUCCUCACUAUCAGAAGGUGAAUUAACACCAAACAGCGGGAUAAAGAACAAACACCCCGAGGACGAGGAAGAGGAGGAGGAGGAUUCUGAUGCUGACAAGCAAGAGGUCAAAAGGCUCAAGUUUGAUGAAAAGGAAGAGGAUGAAACAGAAAGUGAAGAAAAGGAGUCUUCUUGUCAUAAAGUGUCAGAGGGCUUGUCAGAGACACUGGAGUCUUCAAAAGACUCCUGUGGUCAAGAUUUCAGAAGUGGAACAUCUUGUGACACACCGUCUAUUUCGGAGGAACAUGAGGCCAGUAACACGCAGACAGAAACCUCUGAAAGGGAAGGAGACUCAUCUGAGACGGGGGAUGUCCACAGUCAGAAGAAUGACGGUGUUGUGGACCAACCUGAGCUGCCUGCUCCGUCAGAGAAGAGUGCAAGCUUUGAGCAGGACAGUGGGGAGAGCAGCAGCAGCAGUGGCAUCAGUGAUGGAGAAGGCCUCGCCAGCGACAAGCAGGCCCCCUCUUCUUCUAAUAGUUCACCUGACUUGUCAACAGAGGGCGAUGCUGACAGUUCAAACAAUACAGAGACUGCAAUAGAGCCAGGAGAACAUGACUAACUUGAAGCGCAGUCUGCCAACUGACUUUUUUUUUACACUGUAUGAUACCACACCAAGGGUAUAUCUGUAGCACUGUGGACCUUUAGACUUCAGGACCAGGAGCGAUGUGGACCCUGAGAUUCCUCACAGAAGGGUCUUUUUUUUCCUCUUCAGUUUCAACUACUCACGGCUACACAUCACCUGGUCUUUAAACUAGAAGGAAAUUAUUCAAAGAAGAUUAUGGAGACUCAGCUUUUUAACUGUUGACUAAAAGUUUUUCUAAUCUUUUUUUUCCCUGAUUUUUAUAUCUGAGCGAUUUAAUUUAACCUUGUUAACCGAUCUAUUCCAAAAUUUCAUUAUUCAUUCAUCAUUCGGCAUGUAUUUCCAAGAGGAUAUAUUUGAUAGUCUGAGUUGAGUUUUGGCCUAAGCAUAGUUAUAUUGACUAUCUCUCAAAUGAAUGUCUUUCUCCUGGUGAAUGAGGAAACCUGCCAUUAAGCAAAAUUUCACAGAUGUCUGUUUGGUUUUUCUAUGAAGCACAUACCAUGAAAUGUAUUUUAUUAGCAUUAUGUUGCAUUUGUUAGCAUUGACCCUUUGAAGGAUGUGGAAAAUAUCACAGUUUUGCUUUGUCACUGUAUGAAGCCAAUAUUUACACACAAUAUUGCCAGUAGUAACCACUUUGGUUAGAUAGUUAAUUGGUUUGGCUUAAGGGAAGCCAUUUCUGCAUCAAAUUCUGUCAACAGAACACAAGGUACUUUUACACUUUCUGUAUGUCAUACCUUAGUUGUACAGCUGUCCCUUUUGAUAGCUAGGAUUUUUACAGUACAUAUCUGUAAAGCAGUUUUUGUAGACUUGUAAUACGUGUCCACUGCCUUCGUAAAACUGAUAAUCGCUGGAAAUUGAAUGCUUGAGCUUGUAUCAUAGUAUUCAUGGAAAGCAAUAAAAGCUAAAACUUAAA